AUGGCGUCCUCCUCCGCACCCGACCGUCCCAAGACCGAGAACCAGGCCUCCGACCUCCCCGGCGUCAAAGUCCUGAUCACCUCCCACAACGGCGAGGGCAAGGCCGUCGUCAGGGACACUGAGCCCGUCAAGUGGGUUCUCUACGACCAAGACCGCCUAGCCAUGUCUAUCCUCUGGACGACCCAAUUCCCAACAGACCUAAACGACGAGGCCGACCUCAAGCUGCACAAGGACCGCAUGGCCAAGGGCGCCACAGGGCUCGCCCUCGGCGGCGGCACCGUCCUUCGCUACGUCGACUUUGCCCCGGGCUAUCAGGCAGUGAUGCACCGCACCCAAUCCGUAGACUACGGCAUCGUGACAGCGGGGAGCAUCAUCGCCGGCUUCGACUCUGGAGAGGAGCACCUCAUGCAAACCGGCGACGUCUGUGUCCAGCGCGCCACCAUGCACUCAUGGAGGAACCCCAGCGACACCGAGUGGGCCCGCAUGAUCUUCUGCCUCCAGGACGCCAAACCCCUGUUUGUCGGCGAGGAGCGCCUGAAGGAGGCUGACUUAGGGAAAGAGUUGGGAGUUCGGCCUUCGGCGGUGGGCACUUAAUAAGCCUGCCCGGGCGCCGGGUUGCCUGCAGCAGGGUCUCGGUAUCGGUUGUCGAGACUGGGUCGGUAUUUCAGUUG